AUCAGUCACAACCACGAGUGCUAAUAAAGUGAGUAAACCAUUAAAAUACACAUACAACAAGUUUCACUUAAAAAAAUAAGGUUGGAAUGGAUAAUUUUGUUGAAGAAUACGAUUUUUAUUGGGAGACCAACAAGUACAUCCACACUCAAGAACUUCAAAGUUGGGAAUAUGGAAAUGUUAUAGGGCCUAUAACAUUAUGCUACAACAACAACAACGACAACAACAACAUGAGCUCAAGCUCGCCUGAUGGUAGUGCUUACUCGAAGAUGUACAUGGAUGAAUCUAAAAAUGUCGUGUCCGAAAGAAAUCGCCGGAAGCAAUUAAACGACCGUAUUUAUGGUCUCCGAGCAAUUGUUCCUAACAUUAGCAAGAUGGACAAAGCAUCAACAAUCAAGGAUGCAAUUGACUAUAUAAAGGAACUACAAGAGGAGGAGAGACGAAUCAAAGAAGAUAUAUCAAAACUAGAGCUCAGGAGACAGAACAACAGCAAUGAAAGCUCAUCUUGGUGUUCUACAAUUGUGCUUGAACAAGAAUUGUCUACUUUGCUAACCAACAACAGUAAUAAUGAUCAUCACAAACGAUGCUAUGAUUCCAAUAAAACUGGAUGCAGAUCAUUUCUUUUAGACGACUUAAAAGUAGGGGUUUCAUACGCUGGAGGAAGGACUAUUAUAGUAAGCUUGAGCUGCAGUAAUAGAAAUGGGAUAAUGGUGAAGUUGUGUGAAUUAUUUGAAUGUCUAAAGCUCAGGGUUAUCACAGCUAAUAUCACUGUCGUUGGCGGAAGAAUUUUGAAGACCAUUUAUGUUGAGGCCGGUGAAAAGGAGAAGGAUCGUCUAGAGAAAAUGAUUGAAAUGGCAAUAUCUUCUUUACAAAUGUAAAUAUGCAUGGCAUCUAUUCCACCUUCUCGCUCUCUCUCAGCCUUUUAAUUGGAAUUUUGCGCACAAUGAUUAGCUAGGUUUGUAAAUUGUAAUGGAACAAACUUUUUGGAUUUUUAAUUAAAGGGUGGACUUAAUUCUAAGUUGGUGAUAUUUUAAAUUUUAAUUGUCUCUUUUUCAAAGGCAAGUCACUAGUGAAUCAUAUAUAGUUCAUUUAUUUGUAUUUGGUUGACAUUAGAAGUGUCAAUUCAAGUAUUUAAGUCGGAUUUCAUAAGGUCGAAUCAGGUUUA